GUCAUUUUCAGUCUUUCGAUUUGGCAGAUGGAGAAAUUGGAAAUGAGAUUAGUGAAAAAUAUUUUUCAAAACAGUUUAUAAGUGAAUGAUGUGUUUUACGUGAAUUAUAAUUAAAGUGGAAUAUAGUGUCGAAUAUUUGGUUACAUAAAUUAAUUUAGAAAAAUGGCUUCACGCGGUAUAAUGGUGACGGGGACGAACGGUGCUGACUUUGAGCACAGAGAGAAAAUAGCUAUCCAAUAUCAAUUAAGUGCACUUAACAAAUCCCGAUUAAAGUACUGUGUUUUCUUUCAUCAUAUACUUUUCCUUGUGAUGUUGGCGAAACUUUCUGCUGAUAUUCUAGACAAACUUGAUAUAUUUAUCCUUGAGAUUGAAGAAUUGCAGAUACCACAACCUCUUUGGUGGGAAUAUAUUUGGUGCCUUUCCCUGAUUUUCUCCUUCUUGGGACUGGCUGCAAUUAAGCGGAAUAAUGUUAAGCAACUAAAACAUUAUAUUUAUGGUAUCGGAGUACUUGGAUUUGGACCUUUGUUAUACUGUGUGUUAUAUUAUUGCACGGAUGUCUGGAGGUACCUGUCAAGAGAUGAAGAUGAAGAUGACAGUUCAGAGGUUGAAAUUGAGCUGUGGCAGGGAUAUCCGUAUGGACUACUGUGGUAUGCUUUUGUGUUACUAGCAUCUCAAGUCCACUUUUUCCAAUUGUAUUUCUCCUUUAAUUUGCUUAAGGCCUGGCGUGCGAGAGGAGCCUUAAGGAAAGCCGAAUAAAUUUCUGCAACAAAUGGAUAA